GACCCCGGGCGAAGAGAGAGACAGGAAGGAAGCAGAAGGAAGGAAGGGAGGAAGGAAGGAGGCAGCCGUGUCUUCUCUCCGGUCCAUUUUCCUUCUUCCUCUUCUUCGCCUCUCGAAGGAGGGAGAGGGCGCGGCCUCGCAGGGAGGGAGACUGACAGGCUCAUGCUGCUGCAGAAGAAGUGUGCACAUUUGGAAUCCAAAAUAAAAGUCAAGAGGCGAAGAUAUAAUGAGAGAACCUCGUAUACAGCAAGACUGCAUUCUUCAUUUCAAGAAGAGACUGUUUGCUUGACAUGUUAUACCCGUGAACAGGGUUAUGUAUAAUGAAGAUGGAAACCAAGACUUACAAAAAGUGACCUCUGCCUAUAAGUUUAAGGUGACCUGUGAGACUUCAUGAUCCUUCUUUAGGAGGCAGAUUCUGAAAGGAUGUUACAUCACCACUGCCGGAGGAACCCUGAGCUACAGGAAGAGCUGCAGAUUCAGGCUGCGGUGGCUGCUGGGGAUGUCCAUACUGUCCGCAAGAUGUUAGAGCAGGGCUAUUCCCCAAAUGGUCGAGAUGCCAACGGAUGGACCUUGCUUCACUUUUCAGCAGCGAGAGGGAAAGAAAGAUGUGUUCGUGUGUUCCUCGAACAUGGAGCUGACCCUACGGUGAAAGACUUAAUCGGUGGCUUCACUGCUCUACAUUAUGCAGCCAUGCAUGGGCGGGCCCGGAUUGCGCGCCUGAUGCUGGAGUCGGACUACCGCGCCGAUAUCAUCAAUGCCAAGAGCAAUGAUGGCUGGACUCCCCUCCAUGUGGCCGCUCAUUAUGGCCGAGACUCGUUUGUCCGACUCUUGCUGGAGUUUAAAGCCGAAGUCGACCCUCUCAGCGACAAAGGUACCACGCCGCUUCAGCUGGCCAUUAUCCGCGAAAGGUCCAGCUGUGUCAAAAUCCUCCUGGACCACAAUGCCAACAUUGACAUUCAGAAUGGCUUCCUGUUACGCUACGCUGUGAUCAAAAGCAAUCACUCUUACUGCCGGAUGUUCCUUCAGAGAGGCGCGGAUACAAACUUGGGGCGCUUGGAAGACGGACAGACACCUUUGCACUUAUCUGCUCUUAGGGAUGAUGUGCUGUGUGCACAGAUGUUAUACAAUUAUGGUGCAGACACUAACACAAGGAACUAUGAAGGACAGACUCCACUGGCAGUUUCAAUAAGCAUUUCGGGAAAUAGCCGGCCUUGUUUGGAUUUCCUACAGGAAGUAACAAGGCAGCCCCGGAACUUGCAAGAUCUAUGCCGCAUCAAAAUCCGCCAGUGUAUAGGCCUUCAAAACCUCAAACUACUUGAUGAACUACCGAUUGCCAAGGUCAUGAAAGACUACUUAAAACACAAAUUUGACGAUAUCUGACAGUUUUACAAAACAGCUGGACAAAAUACGCACGAUUGGUUUCUGUUCCAGAUACCUUUCAAAGGCUGGUCACCUUGCACAACGUAUAUCCUAUGCAAUUUCUGAUUUUUUGUUUUUUGUUUUCCCAAGAAGUCAGAAGGCAGGUAUACAAUUCCUUUAGAGGAGGAGGUGUUUUAUACCAAAUGCUAGAAGAUCUUUUUUUUAAAAUUUUGAAAUUAUAAGUUCUUGGUCCAGGUUUACACGACUUAAGCUCUUUUAAACAACCCUGCUGUGGUGGGGUUUUUGUGUCCCUUUUCUUCCUGGUUUGUUUGUUUGCAGGAGCUUUGGUUUGUUUUUAAAGCAUCCAAACUUGCAUCUUUGGAAUGAAGGAAGUAACAUCGCUUGUAAGGAAACCUUUCCCCCUUCCCAGGUAGUAUCCCUAAUACUAUGAGAUAUCUAAAUUAAUCCUAGACUAAUGCGACAUUUCAGAGAUGCUCCUUUUGGUGGAUUAGGCCCUUGUAUGGCUUCCAUACCAAGGGCCCAUAUUGACACCUGUCAAGAGUUUCAACAGUUCACUGAAUGGACACCAUUUUCCCCAAUACAGAAUUUUUCUCAGAAUCAUUGCUCAGGCUUGUAACUCAGAUGUCAGCAUUCACUCAGCGUGGCAACUCUUUGAAAACAUUGCCACCUUAAUUCUUUUUUUCUUUUUCUUUUUUGUUUACAAAAAAUACAUGUUGCAUUGUUAACAUAAUUAUUGUCUUUUGGAUGCCCAUAUGUCUUAUCCCUCCCUUUGAUGCCAGGAUACUGUUUGCAAUUGAGUUUUUACACUGCUGAGAUGCCUCUGUGGUCUCUUUUUUCCCCUAUAAAAGCAUUAACAGAAUUUGAAACCGAAUUUCAAAGCCUACACAUCCUGUUUCUCAUAUCGUGCCUCAUGUGCAAUAAUAAUUUUUUCUUCACUUUAUAUUUACCACACAUGUGAUUUUUUUUGUCACACAUUCCUACCCCUGGCCUCAAUGUGAUGUUUUAUUACUCUUGGAAUUGCUGCUUUAUUGCUGUUGCUUUUGUUUUCCCCUUCGGAAUAUCAAAAGGAUUGGAUUUGAAUUUCUUGAACCUCCCUUUUGCCUUCUGUUUUCCUAUGCAAGAGACCAAUUCAUGGUGUAAAGAGUCUGAGUUGGCCGUUUGCUCCAUGAUAUUGCUCUUCUGUCAUGUUUUCAGCCUCAUACGGAACCUUUGCAAACGCAAGCUCCUGCUUUGUUGAAAUGGACCAUAUGAAAAAGGCUCACAGCUCAAAAUAUUGGGAAAUGUGAAUGGCAUGGGCAUCUUCCCGCUUUACCGAUGGGCAAAUUUGCAAAGCUUGAAUUGUGAAUGCUGUGUGUAUGAUUCACAUUUCUUUGUGUUUUGACACAUAGAGUGGUUGGCCAUAAACAUGACAAAAGUAGCAUCGGUGGUAUCUUCUGAUGCAACUUGACAAAGGUCACAGCCAAAUGAAAUCAUCACCUGAUCACAAAUCUAAUGUUGUAGAAGCCCAAUUCGUACUUGAAAGUAGUACAUUGUAAAUUGUAACAUUGGCUAUUGUGGGCAUUUUAAAUAGAGGCAGCGCCAUCAGUUAAAAGCAUCACAGGAGCCGGUCUCUGGAGGUUGUCCUCUGUCGAUCCGGUCAAGUUGGAAGACAAUGUUGGAGAACUGUUACCAUUUGUCAAGCAUAUACCAGACCCUCUUUCUCAAAGGAGGUGUCAGGAGGCAAGUAACUGGGGAUCAAUUCUGCUUAUUUGGUAGGUCAAGAGAAAAUAAACCAUUUAUUUUCAUAAGCUUUGUUUCUGUUAGCUGACAAAUAGAUUGCAAAGAACUACGGUGGCCACAAAUGAAUUACUUCUGUUGAAUCUUGGGUUUGGUUCAAGGAAGCAACAGCAGAAAAUAACAGAUGGCUGGCGUAAAACCCUCAGCAGGCAUCCAUUCUCCUUUGAGAAGUGGCCAAAAGAAAUCACGUUGUUUUGUGAAAAAUAGUAGCAUAGCCAGGUCUUUCUCCCAUUCUGGAGCCACAGGAAAGGCCACAUGUGCUUUAUUUAUUAUUCCAGAACAACUGCUAGGGUUUUGCAAGGAUAAAGUGAGGUCCCUAUUCUCUAAAAAGCUACAUUUUUAUUUUCAGGGAGAUGUUUGAAAAGUCCUCCGAUAGUUUAUUUCUUCAAAUUUUUUAGGUUCUCUUAUAUCUAAAGCAGUGGUUCUCAACCUGUAGGUCCCCAGAUGUUUUGGCCUUCAACUUCCAGAAAUCCGAACUGCUGGGAAACUGCUGGGAUUUCUGGGAGUUGUAGGCCAAAGCACCUGGGGACUCACAGGUGGAGAACCACUGAUACAAAGCCUCCAGACAAGAGGAGGUUGGUCAUGCUGAAGUGUAGUGUGUUCACACAAUGGAGUUGCAGGUCUGAACCAAUUUGGCCACCAUAUUUUUAUUAUUUUAUUAUUCUUGACAACCUAGUUGACUCUACUAGUUCAGGGACCCAUUGUAAAGUGAAUCUUACUCUGUCUUGCUGCUGUGACUUAAAAAAGAAUUAUAAAUCUCUUGCUGAUUACAAAAGCGCUAUUUAAUGAACUGUGUAAUUCCAUUUAUUUAUUUAUUUGAGGUUUUGGUUUUGGUUUCCCCCGUGCUUUUUAAUCAUCAGUCCACUCAUAGGAAGUCAAUAGAAAUCCCUGAAAGCCAUUUUCAGAACAUUUCUUCCAAUCAAACUGUAUUGGCAAGUUUAAGGAAAUGGAAGAAAGGAAUGCCUUGGGUUCCAAUUCUGUAAGCAAAUGAGCUGCAAAGGGGAUUUAAUAGUUUACAUGAGAUGCUGAAUUGGGACCAAAAGGCAGAAUUUACCAGGCGCAUACCGUCAUAUAAAAUUACCUUUAUGGCAGAUUAUGCAGCAAGGUAGAUUUUUUACCUCUUGGAGCAGAAACGUUUAGGUAUCAAAAUUAGAGUUGUGUAAUGUUGAUUUAUUUAUUGUUUAGAUUUACAGAAUUAUGGAACUUUCCCUUCAGAUAUUUGGGGCUUAGACUCCAAAAGGAGAACCAAGAUCUGUUGCCACUUCUUGAUUGUUUGUUAACCUUUUAAGUUGUUUUUUUUAAAAUACAGAAAUUGGCAAACGCACCAAAGAAAUGGGCAAGACGAUGAUGAUUAGCAAACCACAAACCUCAUUCUUUUGGAAACAAAACCAGAGUUUUGUAAAUAUUUCUGUUUAUAAAUGUACAGCAGAGUAAGAGUGUGUGGGUUUUUUUGUUAGAUUAUUUAAUUGCCAUAUUUCUAAUCUAUUUACAAUAUUAGAGACCAUAUUUGCUAGGUCCAAAGGCUUCUGUUUGGAUUUUCUCCCCCUUGUUUUAUUCCCUCUCUCCUUUUGCUUAAUUCAUUCCUCAUGCUAGGAACAACUUUUCCCUUUUGGGGAAAGCAUGAUGAUACAGUAUUCUGUAAGUAUUUUGGUACUUCACAUGGACAAAGAAGAAUAAGGCCAUUCUGGUUCCCUGCAGAUCGUGGUUUAUGAAUUGGGAGCGAGGCACAAGAACAUGCCAUUUGACCUUUGUCCCACCAUGAAUUCCCCCAUUUCUUCUUUCUCUGGCCUUUUACUGGUCUUAACAAGGGCUUAUUAUUAGAUUUACACCAACACAAAUGUGCCAGAAUAUUCACCCACUCUCUUUCUAAUAGUAGUAGAGAUAGGAAUCCAAUGUAGUGCAUUAAUCACGGAUAUCAGUAAUGCAGUGCAAUGGUAAGCCAUUGUUAAGGCUAGUAAUGGAGAGAAGAAAAAAAUCAACGGGUAGAGAAGAGGGAAAAGAACGGAGCCCAUCCUCAGGUCAAGUUCUGAUUUGUGGGAAGCCAGCAUUUAUUCUGUAUCAGGUUCAGAUGGUUGAAAAUAGACAUCACCAAGGAUUGUGCUGACAAAUUGCUGCUCCUUGCAACGUGGUGCUUCAGGAGGAGACUUUUCUUGUGAAUUUAUAGCACAUUUGCCAGGCUUUUCUGCAGGGCAGACGACAGAAACUUGAAAUUCUAACCCUAACUCUUUAAGUUUGGUUUAGUGUCUGGGAAGGAUGAUGUACCGUUUCGCCUGCCAUUCUAGCUUCCACACAGCUCUUUCUGUGUUAGCAAUAUCGUAACAUAUUUUGUUCUUACUUUUGUAAUGUAAAGUUUUGCGUUGGGUCUUCUUCUUUUUUGAAUUAAAAUGAUUUACCAAAUCCUUUUA